AUGACGAAUAUAGGGCUUACGAAAGGUUUUAGGCUAUACAAAGAGAUUGUUAGAAGUUUUUGUGCUAUAGGAGCAACAUGCAUUGACUUCUGCAAUUUUAGGCAAGACAUGUUGGCAUAUAUUGCAGGAGCAGACGCCCAAAUGGUAGUUGAGGACAUGUUUAAAAAGAAUGAAAUGAAUCCAGAUUUUUACUUUGAUUUUGACUUGGACGACGGAGGACAACUAUGCAAGCUCUUUUGGGCGGAUGGAACUUCACGUAGAAAUUUUGCAUGCUUUGGAGAUGUGAUGUCUUUUGACGCUACAUACAGGACAAACAAGUACAAGCUAGUGUUCGUGCCCUUCACCGGGGUGGACCACCACAAAAGAUGCAUUACAUUUGGAGCAGAACUGUUAGCUAAAGAGGACAUUGAAUCUUACGAGUGGCUCCUGAACAGUUUAAAAAAUGUAGUGGGGGCCACGCCCAGAUAUGCUAUAACUGACCAAGAUCCAGCAUUGAGGGUGGCAUUGCCGAAUAUCAUGCCUACGACUAGGCACAUAUUUUUUUGGGAUGAAACAUUGAGUAUCGAGGAAUUCGAAAUCAGAUGGCUGAAGGUAAUGGAAGAUUACAAUCUUGUUGAAGACCGGUGGUUUGCACAGUUGUAUGAGGCGCGUGCUUCGUGGAUCCCCGCGUACUUCCACGACAUAUUUAUGGGAGGACUAUUCAAAACAACCUCUCAAUUAGAGGCAGAAAACAGUUAUUUUGGAAACUUUACGAACCACCACUACAACUUGGUUGAAUUUUUCAUGCAAUACAACAGCGUAAUAAAUGAACAAAGAUAUAAACAAACAAAACUAAAUGCAGAGUGCGAAGGAUCCUUCCCAGAGACAAAAACACCUUUAUACAUGGAGCGGCAUGCAGCAACAUUGUACACCAUAAACAUGUUCUACGAAUUCCAAAUAGAGAUCUGA